AUGGCAAAUUACAGGUUCAAGGAAGAUUAUCAUACCCAUUUUGACCCAAAAGACUAUCUCAAACAGUACUAUAAAAACUUGAAAGGAGACGAAAAUGAAGAUGGGUCUGUGUUGCCGAUUUUUAAAGCAUUGCACGAGUUUUGGUCGAGCUUUAAUCCUAAGGGCAAGGCGCCAACAGACACGGACGUUCGAUAUCUCGAGUUUGGUGGUGGACCUUCUAUAAUCAACCUCGUUUUUGCUUGCUCAAAAGUGGACCAUAUUGUGUUUUCCGAGUAUGCAGAAAUAAAUCGACAAGCCGUGAAGUCGUGGAUUGCUGGCGACCCAGACGCGCACGACUGGAUGCCUUUAAUUGAAAUCGUUCUUGAACUCGAACAAGGACGUACCAUUGUAGAUGAAGAGAAGCUCGACUUUGUACAAAAUCGCGCUGAUGAACUGAAACGAAAAAUCAAGUCUAUUAUCCCAUGUGAUGCGCACAAUGCUCCAAUAGUCCAACUUGAUAGUGAUGAUGUUGCCAAACCGUUCGACGUUGUGUCCACUAGUUUGUGUUUAGAGGCAUGUGUGUCGUCUGAAGUGCACUACAAGAAUACUGUCGCAGAACUCUGCAAAUUACUCAAACCAAACGGCUACCUAUUUAUGAACGGCGUGCUAGGAGAUACGUUUUAUUAUGUCGGCAAAGAGAAGUUUUAUAACUUUCCCCUAACCGAGAAACUGGUGAAAGAAGCAAUGAUCGAAGCAGGAAUAGAAAUUGAGAAAUUUGUAGCAAUUUCAGACAUUCCAGUAGACUUCUCGGAAGCUUGCGAUGCCACAGCUUUAUUUUACACUUAUGGCAGAAAAUCUGUGGAAAAGUAACAGUCAAC